UCUCAACCAACCCAAGAUUGAAGUUACUCCACCUGAUGGUCUUUUGUCUGUUCCUCUAUUACGGCAUCAGAAAAUUGCAUUGGCAUGGAUGCUGCAGAAGGAAACAAAAUGUGUUCACUGUUUGGGUGGAAUAUUAGCAGAUGAUCAGGGCCUUGGUAAAACUGUCUCGAUGAUCGCCCUUAUACUAGUUCAGAAGUCAUUGGAGUCAAAAUCAAGGUUGGAGGAACAGUGUGAUCGCAAAACCGAAGCACUGAAUUUGGAUGAUGACGAUGAAAAUGGCAGCACGAUUUUGGAUAAAGAGAAGCAAGAUGGAGAAUCUGAUGAUGUUAAAACAGUUCCAGAGGUUAGUACUUCUUCAAAGGCAUUUAGCAGGCGGAGGCCAGCAGCUGGUACGUUGGUUGUGUGUCCGGCAAGUGUUCUUCGUCAGUGGGCCAGGGAGUUGUGUGAUAAAGUUGCUGACGAAUCUAGACUUUCUGUUCUGGUCUAUCAUGGAGGCAGUAGGACAAAGGAUCCUGAUGAAUUGGCAAAACAUGAUGUGGUUUUGACGACUUAUUCGAUUGUAACUAAUGAAGUUCCAAAGCAACCUCUUGUUGAUGAGGACGAAGCUGAUGAAAGAAACGGGGAAAAGUAUGGUUUAUCUGCUGAAAUUUCAGUUAAUAAGAAGAGGAAAAAGACAUCCAAUGCUACUAAGAAAGGUAAAAGGGGUAGGAAAGGAAUUGAGAAUUCCUCUUUUGAUUACGAUUGUGGUCCACUGGCCAGGGUAGGUUGGUCUAGGGUUAUAUUAGAUGAAGCUCAAACAAUAAAAAACCAUCGAACUCAAGUGGCUAGAGCUUGCUGCACACUUCGAGCCAAAAGAAGGUGGUGUUUGUCUGGAACUCCUAUACAAAAUGCAAUUGAUGAUCUGUACAGCUAUUUCAGAUUUCUAAGAUAUGACCCGUAUGCUGUGUACAAAUCAUUUUACAAUACAAUAAAAGUCCCGAUUUCCAGAAACUCUGUCCAGGGUUACAAGAAGCUUCAAGCCGUACUGAGGGCUAUAAUGCUGCGUCGUACAAAAG